AGCCACCUGACACACCCUCUCUCUCCCUAUCGUCGCUGUAGCCGCUUCCUGUUCCCCAACGGUCUGAUCCACUCGUUGCAAUACUCAACGUUCAAGAAAUAAAACUAAUACAAUGCAAACUCUAUUUCUUCUGAUCGACAUUGACAACACACUGUACGAGUACAGCGAGACCGGCUUCCACAGAGAAAUGCACGACCACAUCUUCAGCUUCGUCGAAGAGAAGCUGGGGAUUUUACCCGCGGAGGCGGAGCAGCUGUCCCGCAAGUACUUGAUGGACUACGGACUGUCUCUGUACGGAUAUGUGAAGGAGUACCACAUCAACGCGAAGGAAUACAGCGACUACGUACAUCGGUGCUCUUACGAGAAACUGAAGUACAACGAGCCCCUUGUGGACAUGCUGCGCAGCAUGCAGUACACCCCGGACGGGGCGACCGCGGAUGGUGAGGCCCCGCCUACGAGUGGGGUGGACCACUUGUACUACUUUACAAACGCCAACCGGUCGCACGCCCGACGGGUGCUCGACCCGCAGGGACUGCGCCCCAUCUUCACCCGGCUGCGCUCCGCUGGGUCGCCCGUUAAGGAGUACCACCGCCACGAUGACGAGACCGGGUUUGAGGAUCAGGUGGAGUGGCUGGGCUUCUCCUACGAGGACCAGUGGCGGCUGACACAGCCGGACUUCGCGAACAAGCCGAUGCGCCGGGCCUACGAGGCGAUCUACCGCGCCAUCGAGACCCAAAUCGAUGAGGAUGCGACACUUUUGCAGGCCGUCGACGGCGCCGCGAACACCGCCACGUCGACGUCGUCGCCGAACGCGCAGGAGGUGCACAGCAAGCGUGCUCACCUGCACCCGAAGAACUUUGUGAUGGUGGACGACUCCCUCAUCAACCUCGACGCGCCGUUGGAGCUGGGGUGGAGCGCGGUGUGGUACGCACACGACAAUCAGACACUGCCGACCGACGCGUCGGUGCACCCCGGCGCCCCGCUCUACGCCGCAGCGCUCGCCGCAGGACGUCUGCAGGUCAUUCACCACAUCUUAGAGCUGAAGGCCGCCGUGCAAAAGAUACGCGAAGCCAACGCGAAUGUGUCCGGGUAA